AUGCUACCUCACUGCGAGGGCCCUGUCUGGGCUAUAGACGAUUUAUCGCGCUGCUUUCAACGCAAUGUUCUGCAAGUCGCGCUCCCAGUCGUGACAUGCAGCUUCUCUUUGCUUUUGAUCGUCUUCCACACCGCUCGUACCUUUGUCAUCUCCCGUAAAAGUGUUGUCGCCUACAAGCUCCUACCGGAAAACGCCACCGAAGAUGAAAUCCUCAAUGGCUCCCCCGAAGACGAAACGGACCCAAUUCUGCAGCAAGCCGUCCAGAGCGAACAGCUAUCAAUCGAGGUGGAUCGCCCGCGCUAUGAAAACGCAGUUGUCGCUCUAGAAAUCGCAGCUUUAAUUGGUCAAGUUGCUCUGUAUGUAGUGAUCUUGUCGACAAAGGGUUGGGGGCGCCAUGGAUCCAUCCCUGCAACGGCAGGUCUGGUUACUUGGGGCUAUAUUCUGUUCUUGGUUCUGCUUCGUUUGCUCAUGUCCAUUCGGAAUCUCUUCUCGGCCUCACAACUAUGGGCACAUACCACCAUUCUGUAUGGCCUUCAAUGGGUUUUCAAUAUCAUGGUGUUCCGAUCCGCCAUCAUCCAUCCGAUUUCAGAUCAAUCCUUGACUCUGAGCAGCAUCGGAUUCGCCCUAGGCACAGUUCUUCUUAUCAUCUCCCUAGUCACUCGCCGUGGCAACAAGGCGGUCUUUGUGGAGCACGAGGAAGGAUUGGAGCCCCCGCCUUACCCUACGGCCAGUCUCUUAUCACUCGCGACGUUCUCUUGGCUCGACCCCCUGAUUUGGAAGGGCUACAAGCAACCCUUAGAGCUGGAGGAUGUUUGGAAUCUGACCCCCUCUCAGAAGGCAGCCGGCAUUCUGUCGAAAUUUCGAAGACGGCAGAUGAAGGGCUCUUUGGCUUGGAAGCUCGUCCGCUACUUUGCCGGAACUAUCUUGAAGCAAGGUGCUUGGACCAUUUUUGCUAACAUGUUUGUCUUCGUACCCAGUCUACUUCUCAUGGCCAUCCUGAAAUACGUGGAAGACCCGAGCUCGACUACUGCUCAUGCGGCUUGGCUGUAUGCUAUCCUGUUAUUUUCCUCCGCCAUCAUUCAAGGCGUUGCAGAUGGUCAAGCCUUGUACAUUGGUCGUAAGAUGGGUGUCCAAAUCCGCGCAAUCAUCAUUGGUGAAAUUUAUGCCAAAGCGCUUCGACGCAAGGCCGGUGCUUUGACGGAUGCUGCUAAAAAUGAUGCGAAAGAGCCAGUUGCGCCCAAAGACGCCAAAAAGAAGAAGGGCUUCUUUUCCUUUGGGCGAAAGAAUAAGAAUGCAAAUGGAGACGCCGAGGAGGCUGUGCCCAAGCCUAAGGCCGAGGGCGAGGAAGAUGAUGUGCAAGCGAACGUUGGUACCAUCAUCAACUUGAUGGCCAUCGAUUCGUUCAAAGUAAGCGAGGUCGGCGCAUAUCUUCAUUUCUUGUGGGCCAGUGUGCCAGUACAAAUUAUUAUGGCAGUCACACUUCUUUAUAGAAUUCUGGGCUUUAGCUCCUUUGCUGGUAUUGUGUUGAUGGUCAUGAUGCUACCCAUUAAUCUUUUCAUCGCCCGCCAGUUCAACAAAGUUCAGAACCAGAUCCUCAAGGGCACCGACGCCCGUAUUCAUGCGACGAAUGAAGUUCUGCAGAACAUCCGCAUCAUCAAGUACUUCGCCUGGGAGCAGCGAUUCCAGGAUAUCGUCAAUGAAAAGCGUAAGGGAGAGUUGAAGGCUCUGCGGAAACGCUACGUCCUUUGGUCUUGUGCUGCUACUGUUUGGUACGGAACGCCCAUUUUGAUUACGUUCAUGUCAUUCUUCUUGUAUACUGCUGUGGAAAAGAAGCAAUUGACCCCAUCAAUUGCUUUCCCGGCUCUGUCUAUGUUCUCCCUCCUGCGCGUGCCCCUGGAUCAACUCGCGGAUAUGGUGGCACACGUUCAGGAAUGCAAGGUUUCUUUAGACCGAGUAGACAAGUAUCUUAACGAAGAUGAGACUGAAAAGUAUAUUCAGCUACAUGAUAGCUCCGUCUCUGAUGGACCUCCCAGAAUCGGUUUGGAGAAUGCGACUCUGUCCUGGGGUACCAAGCCUCAGUCGCAGACCUCCUCUUCCACCAAUGAGUCGAAUUCAUUCCGUUUGAUCAAUGUUGAUGUCGAUUUUCCUAUCGGUCGUCUGAGUAUCAUCGCUGGUUCCACUGGUUCUGGAAAAACAUCCUUGCUCAUGGCAAUUCUCGGUGAAAUGAGGCUCAUAGAGGGUUGUGUCUAUCUCCCAGGAGGUGUCGCCAGUCGUGCAGAGCUCCCAGUUGAUCCCGAAACAGGCCUUAUUGACAGCAUCGCAUACUGCGCACAGGAAGCAUGGUUGGUCAACGAUACUGUAAAGGAGAACAUCAUCUUCGCGACCCCCUAUGAUGAGAAGCGCUACCGUGCAGUUCUGAAGGCCUGUGCUCUCGAGCGUGACAUUGAGAUCCUGGAUGCUGGCGAUCAGACUCUCGUUGGAGAGAAGGGCAUCAGUCUGUCUGGUGGUCAGAAGCAGCGAAUCUCUCUUGCCCGUGCCAUGUACAGCAGUGCCCGUCACCUACUGCUGGAUGACUGUCUUUCUGCUGUCGAUUCCCAUACUGCAAAGCAUAUUUUCCGUCAAGCUCUGACUGGUCCGCUGAUGAUCAGUCGUACUUGCAUCCUGGUGACCCACAAUGUUUCCCUCACUGCACCCAGUGCCGAUCACGUUGUGGUACUGGAUAAUGGUAAAAUUACUGCUCAAGGUCGCCCUGAGGAUGUUGCCGCUACUGGCGCAUUAGGUGAGGAGUACGUAAAGUCACAAGCAGGCUCUCGAGCUAGCUCCGCGCCCUCGGUUAUAGAAAUUGAGGACGCAGAGGUUGCGAACGGAGUCCCCAAUGGAACGGCCACAAUUCAAAAGGAUGAAAAGGACCGAAUGAAAGAAGGCAAAUCAGAAGGAAACGUCCAGUGGUCCACCAUUAGCAUGUACCUGCGCGCGAUGGGCCACUGGUACUACUGGGUCGUGGCGAUUUCCGUGUUCUCCCUGCAACAACUAGGCUCGGUGUCCACCAACCUUUGGAUCCGUGAAUGGGCCAACGCUUAUCAAACUAAAGUCAAUAGCCAAGAUGACUCCGGCCGUUACGCUGCUGUCUCGCAUCUCAAGCCUCCCACUUUCAACGUUGGUAGUGUGUCAAAAAUGAGCAGCUGGGUCCCACCACAACUCGGCAUUCAGUCCUCUAGUACUACACCUGACGGUGAAGUCAAUGUGACUUACUACUUGGGUAUAUAUGCCCUGCUCGGCUUCUUGUAUAUCGGCAUCUCUCUCGUGCGCGAGGGUGUGCUGUUCUGGGGCUCAAUUCACGCAUCUUGGAAGAUCCAUGACCGUCUCCUCAAGGCUGUGAUGCGCGCGAAAUUCCGUUUCUUCGACUCGACACCACUCGGACAGCUCAUGAACCGCUUUUCUAAGGACGUGCAGUCUGUUGAUCAGGAGGUUGCACCGGUGGCGAUCGGAAUGCUUCACAGUCUUGCCUCUGUGAUCAUGAUUGUUAUUCUUAUUUCCAUCAUCACUCCAGGUUUCUUGAUUGCAGGCGUGUUCAUUACCCUGGUCUACACCGCUCUGGGUGCAGUCUACUUGAAUGGCUCCCGAGACCUCAAACGCCUGGAGUCUGUGCAGAGAAGUCCUCUUUACCAGCAGUUCGGUGAAACUCUCAACGGUAUUGUCACUAUUCGCGCUUAUGGUGAUGGACCACGUUUCAUUGUCGAUAACCACCGCCGUAUCAAUAGUUACAACCGGCCGCAUUUCUAUCUCUGGGCAAGUAAUCGCUGGCUUGCACUGCGUGUCGAUUGGACCGGUGCUCUUGUCUCUUUCUUCUCCGCGACCUUUGUCCUACUCAAUGUCGGCAAAAUAGAUGCUGGUGCCGCCGGUCUUUCCUUGACCUACGCCGUGACCUUCACAGAGAAUGUUCUCUGGCUCGUCCGACUGUAUUCCGAAGUCCAACAAAACAUGAAUUCGGUUGAGCGCGUGAAAGAGUAUCUCGAGGUUGACCAAGAGGCAGAUGCUGUUAUCCUGGAGAAUCGCCCGACGACCGGCUGGCCUACUGAAGGUGCCGUAGAAUUUUCUAGCUACACUACCCGCUACCGACCAGACCUCGAUCCUGUGCUGAAGGAGGUUUCCUUCUCUGUCAAGGCAGGUGAGAAGGUUGGUAUCGUUGGUCGUACUGGUGCCGGUAAAAGCUCCUUGGCAUUGGCGCUCUUCCGGGGGUUAGAGGCCGAGAAGGGUAAUAUCUUGAUUGACGGUGUUGACAUCGGCUCUAUCGGGUUGCGUGAUCUCCGUGAAGCUAUCACAAUUGUGCCGCAAGAUCCUACUCUGUUUACCGGUACCAUCCGCACUAACCUUGAUCCUUUCGGUCUAUUCAGUGACGAGGAAAUCUUCACUGCCCUCCGUCGGGUACACUUGAUCGGGCCCAAUGUAUCCGGCAACACGACUCCCAUGACAGGAAGCACAUUCAUCGAUUCCAACGCCGCUGACGGUGUCAACGACAGUGUAAUCACAGUUGUCGAAAACAAGAACGUAUUCCAUAACCUCGAGAGUCCAGUCUCAGAGUCCGGCUCCAACCUAUCACAAGGUCAACGCCAGCUCCUCUGUCUCGCCCGCGCUCUCCUCAAGAAACCUCGUGUUCUAAUGAUGGACGAAGCCACCGCCUCCAUCGACUAUGCCACUGAUGCCAAGAUUCAAGAAACUCUUCGCGAGCUUCACGACAGCACAAUCAUCACAAUCGCACACCGUCUGCAAACAAUCAUCGAUUACGAUAAAGUCCUAGUCCUUGACCACGGCCGCGUCGUCGAGUUCGAUGAUCCGUGGACCCUGAUCAACGCCACCGACGGUUCUUUCCGUGGUAUGUGCGAGAACAGCGGUAAUAUUGACGCUUUGUUAGAGGGUGCCAAGAAAGCCUGGAUCUCCAAGCGUCUGGUCGACGACUCUUGA